AUGGAUGGCCACUUCUUCGACGAUGGCUUUCCCUAUGACAGUCCGUUGGACUCUUCUCAGUCUUUUUCUGGGAUACCGGGUGCUCCUGUAUCCAAUCCAUCCCAGCCCGAAGAUACCAAUUCCCAGUUCGAUCGAAACCUCUGUUGGUGGGAUGAAUCCUUCACCUUACAGGAUCUGGGUUCUGAAGACCUUCACGCCGAUGAUAUACAGGCAGAUAGCUUCCAUCCGUGUCAAUUCAACCCGCACGACGGAAUUUUCACGAAAAGCUAUGUUAAUAGCCAAGGUACUCAGACACCACACCAAGCAGACUUCCUGGCCGUUCCGAAUUCGAACAAUGUCCGUCUCCGCAGUAAUUAUCCAUGGGCGGGCUUCUCCUGCCGCCACAACAUGGAAGAUUAUCUUACACAAGAGUCAGGACGCUCUAUGAUGUACAGGAAUCCUUCGAUAUAUGGGCCUGAGUACAUGCUGCAAGCACAGCAUAUUCCCGCCUUCGACAGCGACUCCAAAGGCGGUAGUGACAUCUCAAUCCAGCCUCCAGCAGCCUCUGUCCAGUUCACCGCAGCAGACCUAGGCACGUUAUCACAAUGCCCGAAGGCAGAGGAUGCAUGUUCUCAGACCUCGUGUGAUUCGAAAUGCACCUCCUCCGUCUGUGAGGAUGAGGAAUGUUCGGCAACUGGGAUACCCUGCGAUGAUCCAUCCUGUGUGGAAAGCUUCUCGCAAUCACAAAUGUUGUGCCUAUCGCAUCCAAUACACACACAAAUGGCGCCGUCACCUAUGCCUUUUCACCAGAUCCAUAGUCAACCGUGCAAUCAUACCGAGUCAGAGCACCUUGUUGCGAGAACUCUAGGGGAGCUACGCGCGCCUACGGACUUAUAUACUCAAGAAAAAGCACCAUAUACCAUCCCGUUCGACCCUGCUCUGGCAUCUCGCACUGUGGAACAUCUAUAUGGUGAUGAUUGCCGACCUUAUCUCAGUCCUCAGCUUUCCACAGAUCUUGAGAGCUCAGUGCCAAACCUUACACAGAUAUCAAUACAGCCAACGCCUUCAACAGGCGCCACCUCUUCAGGCAUACAUACAUGCCAGUGGAUUACCAACCCUUCUGCGCCUCCAGGUGAAUCGCGGGUAUGCGGUGCGCAAUUCACCGAUACAAAGGAGUUCCAUGACCAUAUGUGUGAGUCCCAUAUAGACAAGCUGACGAGCCAAAUUGGCUUUACAUGCUUAUGGGAUGGGUGCUCUCGAAAACAUGAUAAGCCUUUCGUCACGCGUGGCAAACUUCGCCGCCAUAUAUCCACACAUUCUGUUUAUAAACCUUUCGUUUGUAAAGUUUGUAAUCAGGGCUUUUCUGGACACCAGGCUCUUCAGCAGCACGAGAGAAUUCAUACCGGCGAAAAGCCUUUCAAAUGCACUUAUAAGGGCUGCACUAUGGCGUUCAAGCAGAAAAGCGCCCUGACGAUGCAUUCAAGAGUACACACAGGUGAAAAACCGCUCAGCUGCGAGUUCUGUGGCAAAGCUUUUCCCGAGUCUUCAAACCUGUCAAAGCACAGAAAGAUCCACAUGAAAGAUUCAAAGAAGCAUGUAUGUGAAGAGAUUGUGAACGGGAAACGGUGCGGAAGAACAUUUAGAAGGCUCGAUCAGCUACGCAGGCAUCAUCAGACCCAUUCGAACCCUGAAAAAAAGAGAGCAGGCCACAGCCGACGAAUAUCCGCUGUAUCUAGUAUGUCGGAACAGUCGCCUACUGUUCCUACCACUACUCCUACUACCACGUCUACCCCUUCUUUAGUGUAG